GUUUUGGGUGUUGAAAAAGUCCGAGCGGAAUCUAUUGUGGAGAUGUUGGAGACAGAGAGACAGAGACAUAUUGUUCUUCUACGGAGCUACACGCCGAAACCGGUAGAAAAAUGGAUACUAAAAACACGACAUUUCACUAACUGCAAAUAUCACAUUUGGUGAAAUCCGAAAGAUCCUGUUAGACGAAUGGGUUUAUUAUUAAGAGCCGACAUCACAACUGUUACUUUCACUAGCUAGCAGGCUAGCAGACUAGCUCCAAUGGCUGCAUGCUCGGAAUGGAUAGCUCGUUGAAACUAUUCUCUAGUAAGGAUGUAUAUUGUCAAUGGAAUAAACAUCAUCAUCAUCUUGUCGUCGUCGGUAAUAUAAAGUAACGAUCUCCGUAGAGGGAUUGUCUCGACUGAACGGUACGGUUCACACACCGCGGACACAACAAGAAGAAAGUCACACAGGCUCACCGGUCGAGGCUCAAGGUUCAACAGACACAGACUGGGAGAACAUGACUCACAGACCUGUGCCAGAUCUUGGCAUGGGGCCACUGUGCCAGCCUCACCCCUACCAGGCCCUCUGAUGCCCCAGUGAAACAUGACCGAGAGGCUGUGAGGCUAGGAUAGCCACCCUGUCCCCCCCGUCCCGACAAUACUCUCAACAGUUCCCCCUAACCCCUAAACUCUCCAUCCUGCCCCACCAUGCUGCGUUUCCUGCCUCUGAAGCUGGGUCGUCUCUACCGUUGUCUGAAACUUCUGCUGGUGGUGGGUCUGUUUGUUAUCCUCCUGAUGAACACCCACAACCUGUUCGCCUCCUUCCAGAAGAACGAGCUGACGGACCGCCGCUUCAUCAACCUCAACAAGUGCCCCGCCUGCUUCGGCACCAGCUGGUGCAGGAAGUUCAUGAACGGCCAGGUGUCUUUCGAGACCUGGGGACGCCUGCGCUUCCUGGAUGUCUUCAACGUCAAGAACGUGUACUUCGCCCAGUACGGUGAGCCGCGCGAGGGGACGAGGCGCGUGGUGCUCAAACGCCUGGGGUCCAAUCAGGAGCUGGCGGACAUCGACCAGAAGAUCUGUAAGAGAGCUACUGGCCGUCCGCGCUGCGACCUCAUCCAGGCCAUAUACAAGACGGAGUUCGCCAGGCUGAACGGGGACGUGAGGCUGCUGACCCCUGAGGUGGUAGAGGGUUGGUCUGACCUCGUGCACUGCCCCUCUCAGAGGCUGCUGGACAGGGUGGUGCGACGUUAUGCCGAAACCAAAGACUCUGGCAGCUUCCUGCUGAAGAACCUGAAGGACACCGAGAGGAUGCAGUUACUGAUGACCCUGGCCUUCAACCCUGAGCCCCUCCUACUACAGAGUUUCCCAUCAGACGAGGGCUGGCCGUUCGCCAAGUACCUGGGGGCAUGUGGUCGCGUGGUGGCGGUGAACUACGUCGGCGAGGAGCUGUGGUCUUUCUACAACGCUCCGUGGGACAAGAGGGUCGACCUGGCCCGACAGCUGAUGGACAUCGCUGAGCAGCUCACCAACAAUGACUUUGACUUCGCCCUCUACCUGCUGGACGUGAGCUUCGAUAACUUCGCCGUGGGGCCGCGGGACGGAAAGGUCAUCGUUGUGGACGGGGAGAACGUCCUGGUGGCCGACAAGAGACUUAUCAAACAGAAUAAACCAGAGAAUUAUGACGUGUGGUACGAGAGUCGCUUCGAGGACUGUGACAAGGAAGCCUGCCUGUCCUUCUCCAAGGAGUCUCUGUGUAACCGUGUCACCGUGGACCACAACUACUACGCUGUGUGUCAGAACCUGCUAUCGCGUUACGCCACGUGGCGAGGGACCACCGGCGGCCUCCUCCACGACCCCCCCGCCCACAUAGCCAAAGACGGCCAGCUGGAAGCGCUGUUGGACGAGUGUACCAACCCUAAAAAACGCUACGGACGCUUCACGGCCGCCAAGGAGCUGAGAGACUACCUCACCCAGCUAGUGGCCUCCGCCUCGGCGAGUUAAUGACCAGAGCUGGCGGUUAGCGGUGGCCUGCAUCUCAGCCGCACGGUGGUUCAGGGUUAGUUGAGGGUUUGAUCUCCCCCUCUGACCUUGUCCCCGGGAACUUGACCAUGACCUUUGAACCUUGACACUCCUCGUCUCACUUCAAGUCCAGGAGAUCGCCACCCCGCUGGUCACACGGCAGCAGCUUUGAUUGGUCCUCUCGUCUCCUGGUGUCAACCAACCAGUGCAGCUUCAGAGGAGAUGUUUAAACUGACUGUGGUAGCUGGUUGGUGCUGAAGGACCAGGAGGAAGAGGAUCAGCCAAUAAGGAGAGCUUUAACCCGUGGUUAGCCUACAUAGACUGUACAUGACUUCUCUCCUCCGCCCAGACCCUCUCUGUUUAUCCAUCAGGACUCUUGUGUUUGCUAUCAUUUUAUCUUAACCAUUCUUUCUUUCUGAAAAUGUCCCUGUUGUCCUUUUGGUUUGGGGUUGAACGAAUCAGAACAGGAGCAUGUUGACAUUUCUGCUGUAUGUUCUGUUCAGGAGGACGGUCACUAACUCAACUCUGCUAUUGUCCCACGUGGAGACCUGAGCACAGCACCGCAGGUUAACAGAGGAAGACAAAGCCUUGGCUAUAAAGGUCUUUACUUCCUGCUACUCUAAUUGAUCACUUGGUUUCCAGUUCACCUGAAGUCAGGCAAUCAACGUUUUUAUAUAGGGAGGGAGGAACACGAUAGUGAUGCCAAUGAGGACUGUGGUGGUGCAGAAUCUGAUAUUAGAUGUGUGUGUUUACCAAAGAGGCUAUAUGAAACACUGAACUACCCCCCAGUACCAUGACACAAUGCUGUUCUGAUCCUGUAUGACUGCCCAGAGGAACCUUCCCUCCAUCUGUCUGGCAACACAAUCUGCAUAGGAACGAUUGUAUGAAUCCAACUCAAGCCCAGGGUCAGGGUUAACCAGGCUCCCUUCUCUGUGUUAAAUCAGAACCAGGCUCCCUUCUCUGUGUUAAAUCAGAACUAAGCCCAGGGUCAGGGUUAACCAGGCUCCAUUCUCUGUGUUAAAUCAGAGCUAAGCCCAGGGUCAGGGUUAACCAGGCUCCCUUCUGUGUUAAAUCAGAACCAAGCUCCUUUCUCUGUGUUGAAUCAGUGAUUACUUCAAUAGAUAAUUAAAGGAAGGGUGGAUGCAUUUUCAAACAGACCCUAAGAAUUGGGCCACAGUGUGAAUGUCGCAUUGCCAUUGCAGUGGACUGCAGUACCCACAGAGUCUGUAAUUGAUAAAUGACUCCAUGUCUGACUGUUUGAAAAAGGAAAUGUUGAUCCUGUCUUGUUCUGUGCGUUUUAUCUACUUCCUCAACAACCCAGAUUUGGCUCCUCACAUGUCGUAAUUUCACAGAGUUUUGUGUUCAUUAUUAAACGUUGCCUCCUCACUGCUCAGCUUCACUUUGAGCCAUCCAGCUUUAAAUGGCCUGUAUGUUUUAUCUCCAACAAAUUAGCACAUUUGGGUUGAUUUUGCACUUGGUGGACCAAUAAAUUAAAGCCCAAGUAAU